AUGACGGUCAACCUCGCCGAGCUGGACGCCCACGAGCAGCCUUCAGAUAAAAUGCGAAGCGAGUGGAAACAAUUCUCGCGUAUGGAACCUGAGGCCUUGGUUCGAGACAGUCGCAUCGACGAUCCCCGCUUGCCACUGGAGCAGAACGGCUUCCAAACCGCAGGGGUGAUCACCAAAGAGCAACUUGCCGACGCCUUCUCAAGGUUGGAUCCGGAGUAUGCAAGUCAUGCCCAGGAAGACGCUGCGAUUCUAUUCCACCCCUUGCUCCCGGGCCUCCUUGUCGUUCCCGCUGUUGUGCCGCCCUCGGUCCAGACCGGCCUGCUCGACAGGAUGCUGCACCGCGAUCUCAGCAACCCCCAACACCAGACCAAUAUGGACCUGCACUACACUCUCGCCUCGCCACCAGCCGCCCCCUCGCAGUCCCUCUUCUCACUCGCGCCAGAUACGCCUGCCCUCUUCACGCCAAAGGAUCCGACCGUGCACAAGCCCCUCUCAGCGCGCCAAGUCCUCCAUCGGCGCCUGCACUGGGUCACCUUGGGCGGCCAGUACGACUGGACCAACCGCGUCUACCCCGACGGGAAGCCGCCUUGCUUCCCCCACGACCUUGCUGGCUUUCUCGAGACCCUUUUCCCGGAGACGCAAGCCCAGGCGGCUAUUGUCAACUUCUACAGCCCUGGGGACACCAUGAUGAUGCACCGUGAUGUCAGCGAGGAGACGGACCGCGGCCUCGUCAGCUUGAGCCUGGGCUGCGAUGGCCUCUUCAUGAUUGCGCCGAGUGGGCCGGCCCUGUCCCCCGACGAUAUCCAGCACCCCCAGGUGGAGGGAGAGAGGGGAGAGGAGGCAAAGGAGAGAGACUGGGUGGCGAGGGAGGCAGAGGGCAAAGAGUACCUGCUGCUACGGCUGCGGUCCGGCGACGCGAUCUACAUGACGAAAGAGUCGCGAUAUGCCUGGCACGGCGUGCCCAAGGUUCUGAAGGAGACGUGCCCGGACUAUCUCGAGAGCUGGCCGGCUGCAGAUGGACAUUUUGCCGAAUGGGAUGGGUGGAUGCGGAAUAAGCGAAUUAACCUGAACGUGAGGCAGAUGAGAGACUGA